GCGGCUAGCACUCAGUCAACAAGUCGACUUCAGCUCACAACACACACACCCCUUUUGUCCCCGAAUGCCCUCUCACGCGUGAAAUUGGCCCUGCAAACUCCUCGAACGUCGCAUCUGCCGGGUUUUCCUUGUCUGUUGCUCUCGACGCGUGCGCGCCCUCAGCUCUCGUUGCUGCCGAAUACAUACCGCUAGAAGUCGCUGCCAUGGAAGAGUACUCGAGUCAGGCGCCUGUGCCAGAAACACUCCCCCAACAUGUUCAGGUGCCGCCGGAGCAACUGGGGCCUAGCCAGCUGCAGCCUGAACCCGUACCUGUUGAUGAACACGAGGCGCAAAAACACAUGGACCAGACCAUGGACACGAAUGAUGACAGCAUGGCCAGCACCAUUACCGCCAACACCGUCACACCGCUACCAGAUCCAGCCCAAUCUAACAGCCUCAACAACAGCCCUUCCCCAUACGGACACGACCCUCACCGACCAUCGACGUCAUACUCAGACACCGCCUACCAGUACACAACACACAAUGGCUCGCGCUUCACUACAUCCUCAGAUGCCGAUACUCCUCCGCGGCACGGCUACUACGACUCCAGCAGAGAGGCACACGCCGGCCAAUCGCACUCGCGGCCUAGCUCACAGAUGGGACGGUACCCGACUUCAGAGGGCGGCGCCCGCUCAAACUCAUACCAAGACCAACAACGGAGCGCACAACAACAGCAGGAAGCAGUCAAGAAUGCCAGCGUGGUCAUCAAAGUUGGCAUGGUCGGAGACGCGCAAAUCGGAAAGACCAGCCUGAUGGUCAAGUAUGUCGAGGGUAGUUGGGACGAAGACUACAUCCAAACAUUGGGUGUCAACUUUAUGGAAAAGACCAUCUCGAUCCGGAACACCGAAAUCACAUUUUCUAUUUGGGAUCUAGGUGGUCAACGUGAAUUCGUCAACAUGCUGCCAUUAGUCUGCAACGAUGCUGUCGCGAUACUCUUCAUGUUUGAUCUGACGCGCAAGAGCACCCUCAACUCGAUCAAGGAGUGGUAUCGACAAGGGCGCGGCUUCAACAAGACUGCUAUCCCCUUCUUAGUCGGCACAAAAUACGAUCAUUUCGUCAACUUUCCCCGAGAAGAACAGGAAGAAAUUUCUAACCAGGCUAAACGGUUUGCACGAGCAAUGAAGGCUAGUUUAAUCUUUAGCUCAACAAGUCACAGUAUCAACGUGCAAAAGAUAUUCAAGAUUGUGCUAUCGAAAGCGUUCGACCUCAAGUGCACUAUUCCUGAGAUAGAAAACAUUGGCGAGCCACUUCUCCUCUACCAGGCCGUCUAGUCGCCGGACCGACGAGUGAGACCCCGGACAGAAGGGACGCGGAUGAACCUGUCUGAGAGGCAGAUGGGAAGCGUCUUUUAUCGGAACGUUACCACGAGCGAAUGACUUCAUGAUUGAUUUGCGUGGGAUUGCAUGGCCCUGGCGAUUGGAGCACGGAGCUAUACAUAUAUGUCGGGCACAAAAUUUGGCGUUCUUCUGCUUUGUAUUCGCAGAGGCGCUUGUAAAGUUGGAGCCAUGAGAGCUCAACUGGGACAAUGGAAUGAGAGCGUUGACUUGCACAGGCGGCGCAGCCUUGCAGCAUAGUAUACUAUAGUCUAAUGAAGAGUCGCGGGAUAGCUGUACCUGUUAG